UACUAAAUACAAUCUACAUAAAACGUAUAUGUAACGUCGUUUACAUUAGCGUCAUUUAUUGAUGUUCCACAUGUAGUAAGAUACAUAACAAGUUUACUCCUUUACAUUGCAAAAUGCAAUUACCUGACACCAUAAAUUUUGCAACACAAACAUAUCAAAACACGUAUGCAACUUUGAGGGAUAUAUGCAUCGGACGUCAAGUUCUACAGUUGUCCAUCGAUUUCGGUACACAUCACUUCGAGCUAAGAAGCAGCUUAAUGUUAAACGCGCAACGACUCACCAAUGAUCAAGAGUGACUUCCGCGAUCAUCAUGCAUCCUCCUAUCUUUACAUGGUUCUUGCUUCUUACGCUUAUUGUAACAUCAUACCCGAAAAGCAUCAACAUUAACAGCGAAGACAUCGGAACUCUUACCACUGACAGAACUAGUACUACAAUCUCAGGUCUUUCGCCAAUUCAAGACGAACCUGACUCCAAAGAUGGUAAUAAAAGAAGUUUGCUAAUUCUGGUGCCAACAACCAAGGGAGAAGAAAAUACAGAGUGCCAAAACGAAAAAACGAGACGAUGUAAGACACCGUUCCGCAGGGAAAGGGUUUCCGCGCGAAUACCCAAGGAAUACGCGUUGAAAUCGAAGAAUGCAGAAAACUCUCCAAACAAUGAAGGAGAUCGUGAAUAUUUCGUUGGUCUAAAGCCAAACUUGCAACUGCUUUCUUCAAAGAGACCUCUGACAAGACCUAGGCUACGCCCAAUCACAAUAAAAGAAGCAAAGAAUCUAACUUUUCGUGACGAAAGUUUAAUAGAGUCGCUUCGAAAAGAGUUCGCAGUCAGAGCUCCUACUGUGGGUGCUGCUCAAGAAAAUAUAACGUCAAAGACGAGUGUAUACGACGAUGGUAAAUUCAUUUGCUACUGCAAAGAAAAAGAUCAUUCUUCUUCUGAAAAAGGUACGUCAGAUGUUGCUUCAAAGCCACGAAGAACGAAGAAACCUACAAAAACAAGGAAACCUAACAAUGAAAAUCCACUUAUAGGCAGCGUGCAACGCUUAAAACCAGCUCAGGCAAAUGUUCCACAUCGAUCACCUUUAUCCAAAAAAUUGCCUGCGGCGUACCCUAUCCUUUCUCGAUAUUCGCCUAUUGGCUAUAUACCCAACAAUGUGAACCCAAUUUCUCCCCAGAAGGGACACGGAACAAUACCGUACAUUCCAUACGUUUAUCACCCAAAUCCUCGACCUUCCAUGACCGGGAUCCCAAGUCAAGAAAGAACGCCAAAUAUUAAUAUUCCAUUGAAAGCAUUUGGUAGUAGACCCAAUUCGACUGUUGAGCAACGAACACCGAUUGGUCAACACGAUUCAAAUAAAUAUCAACCAACUGUUGGGCAAACUCAGCGUCCUCCAAAUAUGGUUGGCAAUAGUCUGUCUCAAAAUACAAAUCCUGCAACAUCUUCAAAAACAUUUGCAGAAGAGGAUACUUCGGGUAGUAACGAAGAAGAUUCCAAUGAUCCUGAUUACAAUUCGCAAUCCGUGCAACCAGAAUCGAAAAAUCAUUUAACAUCGAUGGGAACGAUUGAAUCUUCCAAAAAAGAUCCUAAUCUACAGGCUGCUAAUCCUAUCACGAUUGAUGCAAUACCUACGGGCUUUGGAGACGAAUUCGCGGAUGGAUACGAAACGACGGACAGCGGAGCCCUAGAUUACUCCAAUAUCAAGGAAGUUACGGCGACGUACUUCACGUCGAAAGCCUAUGACAACGAAACUGGGGACGACGGAUCCAGCGACUACGGUGAUCUUGUAAGCAACACGGAAACUGCUGUGAAUCCAAGUUCAGCAAAGAAUCCUCAUUAUGAUGUCAAUUUGCAGAGUAAACAUAAUAAUCCGACAGAAAACUGCAGAAAAUCUGCAAGUACUGGGAUGAACUUGCAUACGAAAGAUUUAAAAAACGCGGAGGAUUCUGAUCAAGGAAAUGAUGAGGGAAAUGUUACGGGGAAAGACAAUCCUCUUUGGAAUCAAGAUGAAUCUGCAAACGAUGAUUCGAACGAGAAUUUAGAAUCCAAUGUGGAGAAUACACAAGAAGAGACAAGAGACGAUUCUAACGUCAAUUUGCAGAGUAGACAUAAUGAUCCUACGGAAAAUUCGAGAGAAUCUGAAGAAGAUGAGCUGAACUUGGACACGAAAUAUUUAAAUGACGCGAACGAUCCUGAUCAGGGAAAUAAUGAAGAGAAUGUUGAAUUGGGGAGAAAUAAUCCUAAUUGGAAUGAAGAAGAAUAUGCAGGCGAUGAUCCAAACCAAAAUUUAGAACCUACUUUGGAGAGUACAGAAGAAAAUGAAGAGGAUUCUAAGCCCAAAGAACCUUCUCUUACAGAGGAAACAAGGAUGUUGAAUUUUGGAGAUUCGAAAAACUCAAAUGAAGCCGAUACGUCAGCAAGGAUCGAUGAUAAAGACGAUCCAUCGAACCAGAAAUUUUCCGCGGAAGAUUCUGUGAGUGAAUUGCCGGAAACGAACAAUAAUGCUGACUCGUUAAGUAACGAUUACGAAAUGGAAAAUGUCGAACCCAAUAAGUCUGAAGAAAGAGGCGAAGGAAGAAGUCCAGACGAAGGUUUUAUAAAUACGGACAAUGGGAAGGUGGGGACAGAACGAGUGACGAUCCAGAACAACAAAAAUGAGGACGAUCCUUCCCUGCAGUCGACCUUGGACUCAAGCAGAAACAACGAUUAUAUAGGAAUAAAUUAUCCAUCGAAACAGUUGCCUUUCUGUGACAACACGUUGCUCCAGAAAUCGAUAAAAGUGGUAAUUAAUAGCUUUGCCACCGGUGGCUCGUUUAAAAUGGAUGGCAACGAGAAUGAAGAAACGGUGGGUUCCGCGAAGGGCGAAGAUCUUCUGCCGGAAAUUGUACAAGUUCCGAACUUGAAAAGCAUUUUGUCCAUGCCGUCGAUAGAGAACACUGUUCUGGAUAAAGUAAAGAAUCUUCUGUCGAAAGUAACUGGGAUGAAUAGAAAGAUCUUUGACAGUGACUGGGCCACGAACGUGAUCAAAAAUAAUUUACGACACACGUUAUCUGCUGCGCCUCGUUCCAAAGCAGAACUUCCACCGAUGACUGUCGAGGAGCAUCAAUUCAAAAAUGGCAAAUGGGUGACGAAUUUGGUUACAUUGGAACCUUCGAACGAAGAAGAUCAUGCUCAGACAAAUUUACAAAAACUGCAGGCUCACGUUAAAAACCUUCUGCGUGACCCAGCUGUUGGUUUACAGGCAGCUAAGAAUCCUACUGUUCAGAACAUGAUCGUACAAAGCAUUCGACAUACCUUCGAGCCGAAAAAUGUAACAGACGAUGAAAAUUUCGAGUCGAUUAUUCAAAGCACAUUGAACAACGAAAUAAGCAUAAUGGAAAUGGAAGAUGAAGACAUGCUCACCACAGAGGAUAUACCUGAAUCUACCACUUUUGAUAUUUCGAACAUCGAUAUGAAUAAGUUCCUGGAUAUUGCCAAAAGUGAAGUAGAUGUAGACGAUAAGAAAGAAAGUGAAUCCACUUUACAAUCGUCUAUAUACGAAGAAGGUAUAGAAAAUCAGGAAACACGUUCUUCGAUGGAAUCUUCGGACAAAGAAAUGAUAGGAGAAGCAAUGAAUUUUGGAACAGAGGAUGCUAGCAGUUAUCCAAUCACUGAGAUAGAUCAGGGUACGGAAGAAUCUUCUCAACAAAAUGAAACACCGAAUAAUGCAGAAGAAACUGAGAUCGAAGAAUUUGAGACGACAACGUUGGAAGAAAUCCCUGAAGUUGCAACAUAUAAUUCGAUUUCCACCGAAAAUUGGAACGUUGCUGCUACCUUAGGUACUCAAGACAAAUCUCUAUCUACGGAAACAGAAGAUUACACGCCUGUAGAAUAUGAUUCUCCAUCAAUGAAUCCAGCAGAAAAUGCUGAUGUUAUGCAUACAGAAGCGGCUGAAAGUACAGAGAGAUCGAUGGAAUUGGAAAAUAAGAGUUCGACAACGGCGCUUUAUGAUGAUGAUGCUACUUCCGCAAACGAUUUUACUUAUUAUUUGGGGAAAAUCACGAAGAAAAAUGAGAAUAACGCGGACGACGUGCAAAGUCUUCAAAAUUCCGAGUUGUUUUACAUCGGUGACGGUGUCAAACUACCCUUGGAGGUAAGAAAACUGCACGAUGGGUCUUACACUUUAUCGAUUUCCAGGAAGAUCUGCGAACAACUAUUAAACAAGGAGUGCCCUUGUUGCGUACCCAGGGAAGGUAACAUUCUUCGAACUGUGAAGCGAAAUUUAGAAACGGAAAAUGCUGAUAGGACAGAUGGAAGAAUUUUCAAACGCGAAUCGAUGAAAUCAGUUUCACUGAAGAAACGAGAAAGAUGUGAUUCAGCUGACGACAGCUUACAGAUUUUCUCGAUGCCCGUGGAAACUUUCGCGAGAAGAUACAAUCUAUCUCUGAAUUCGGGGAAAAUGCAAACUGCGUGGAAUUUUGAGGCGGAAAAAAAGAUUGAUGAACGAUCAAAAAAUUAUAAAACUAAUGCUGAUGCCAAAGAAAGGAGGAUAAAAAAUAAUCCACACGAUGACGCAACAAACUUUGAUUUUGAGAGGUAUCGAUAUCAACGUAACACCAAUGAAGACGGGGACAAACGAGUAGAAAUAGUGACAAAAGUAUUAAAUUGGUUAAAAGACAUAGUAUUAAAUACAAAUAAUAGAAUAUAAACAUAUUUUUAUUAUUUUAAAAUGUAUAAUGUAUGUCGUUAUUCUAUAAGUUACUUGAUUACAUUUUAAUACCUUUUAUACUUAAUAACUUUUAUACCUAUAUAGUGUAAAGAAAAAAAUAAAUAAAAUAUAUGUUUCAAA